AUGGAAAACAUAAAAGUGUUAGACCUCUAUAGUGGAAUAGGGGGGUUACAUUACAGCAUGCUACAGGCCCUAAUAAAUUGCGUCCACGAGAGGACAGAAAAAGGUACCCUCAAAGGGGAAACUGGAAAAGAGCAUGCUCACAACUGUGGCAACCUUUUCAAUGACACAUUUCGGUUCAUAUCGAUAGAUCUUAAUUACCUAGCGAAUCAAACACACUACCACAACUUCGAGAAAAAUUCGAUCUACCUAACGGAAAAAAAAUAUAUCGACAAAUUUUUUAAAGAGUGUCAAGAAAAGCGGCGCAAUCAUGGGGGAAGGACCCCCGAAGGUAGGCAUAACGCAGAAAGGAACAACAUCAAAGAGGUUCCCUUCGUUGAGGAUAAAAACUACAUCCUUCAAACGGAUAUAAACAACCUGGACGCGCAGUUUCUCGAUUACCACAAAUUCUUCAUUCUGCUAAUAUCGAACCCAUGUCAGCCCUACACCAGACAGAACAAGAAAUUUCAGCAAAUCAAUUUGGAUGAGUUGUUCAGAAAGUACGCCUACAGCACAACAGGGGAAUCCUCCGUGGAGGAAAAAAAAAAGGAAAAAGGAAGUUUUCCCUCUUCCAUAGACAAAAUGGGCCAUAUAAAUAAUUUGUUCACCCCAACGUGUGGCGCGAAUGUAAACAGUGAUACAGAUGAUAAGGUCCACUUGGUCACCGAAAAGUGUAACGUUGUAGGAGGCAUCCCCUUCAAAUGGGAAAAUAAAAAAAACGUCUACGAUCAAGUAAUUCUGGAAACUCUCCAAGGAGGAGACCAGUUCCAUGUGGAUAAACUAAACCUAGACGAAGCCUUAAGAUCGCUAGAAAUCGAAAAGGACGAACGAUCGAGAAGUUUCAUUCACAUUUGCAAUUUGCUGAAAAAUGUAAAGGAAGAAAAUUUACCAAAAUAUAUUUUUAUUGAGAAUGUCAGAAAUUUUGAAUUAUCUACUUCCUUUUUUUAUUUCAUAAAUUCAGUUAAGGAGAAUUAUAAUUUCCAGACGUAUCUUCUAUCCCCCCUGCAAUAUGGCAUACCGAAUGAGCGUCUUCGUUUCUAUUGUAUAUGUAGGAGGAAACACAAGUUGGCUGAUCUCACAUCAGGGGAAAGCUUCACCAGUGGAUGGACAACUUCACUAUACAGCAAUUCGCUUAUGCCAGCCAAGUGCAUUAUGCCCGCAUUUGAAAACAACGCCAAUUUUAGGCCUUCUCAAAGGUACUCUUUUUACACCCCCAGCUUAGCUACAUUUUUGGAUCAUAAUGAAAAGUACGAAAUAACGUGCAACACAAAUGAAGAAAUAAAUUUAACUAAUGGGACAUUGGAGGAAUACCAAGUUUCGAACAGUACCUUGGAAAAAUGUUCAUCCUUCUGUUUUGACAUGAUCGAUAUUAACCGAAAUGGAAAUGUGUGUUGCUUCGAGGGGGGCCGUUACUAUGUUGAGAAAAGUGAAACCAUAAAGGAUCUCCCAAAUGAGAAAAACUUGAAGGACUUGAUUAACUCAAACAAUUUGCAUUCCAUGUGCUUCACGUCUAAUUAUGGGAGAUAUAUUAACGGAUCCGGCUCGGUACUCUACUUCUCCAGAUGCAGAAGGGGAUCCCCCUCAAGUGGCACAGAAAGGGGAUACGAGAAUACACAGAAUGAGCAUAUGGGAAAAGCCCGCAUGGGAGACCACCCCUCGCGCGAUAACUCCUGCAGGGACUACUUCCCUCGUGACUACUUUUCCCAGGGAGAAAUAAUCGAGGAAAUGAGCAAAUAUAAAAACAGAGUGAGGUACUUUACCCCCGUAGAGAUAUGCAGACUGAUGGGUUAUAAGAUGCACACCAGCAGACCUAAUACAGAAGAUGGCGAAAACAAAAGAAACAGAGUCGGAAAUAUCUACUGGAAUAUGGACCACAUUAACCAUAUGUGCGCCUACACUUGUAAUGUGCACUACUGUGCUAGUAGACAUAGCGACACUUGCUUGUUCAAUGGAGUUCUCCCUUUGGCACAGAAUUCCGUGAGAAAAUCACCAAAUGAUGGAGUGUGUGGCGGUGGCGAAUCUCGCGAUGGUAACUCCAAGGACGAACGCACAGCACCUUGUUCUUGCCACGAAUUUAAAUUUCCCCCAUUUCUGACAAACAGGCAAAAAUACAAAUUGGUUGGCAAUUCCGUCAACGUCACUGUAAUAUCUUUAAUUUUUCAAGCCCACGACAUUUUCGGGGACCUCCUCAAGGGGGAGAGCCUUCCUAGCUAA